AUGGAGAGCGGCGUAGAGCAGACUCUUCAAGAUGCCAAGCUCUACAGAGAGCUCAAUUCUCUCAUUGUCGCCUAUCUUCGCGACAAUAAUCUUCGCCAGGCUGCAAGUGCUGUUGCUUCAGCAACAAUGACGUCACUGAAUGUUGAAGUCCCGGCUAAUAAGCUUGUUCAGCUGGUUGCUAAGGGCCUUGCAGUGGAGAAAGAUGAGGUGGUAAGGGGGGUUUCUUCUCUUGCUAAUGAUUUUGGUACCUUGAUACCUUCGGGAACGUCGGCUCUUCACACUGCCUCUGUUGAUUUUGGUGCUGUCCAGGAAACAAAAGGCUCGUCAAAGAGUUUCCCAAAGCAUGAGACACGCCAUCUUUCGGAGCACAAGAAUAUUGCCAGAUGUGCAAGGUUUAGUCCUGAUGGGAAGUUUGUCGCUACUGGAAGUUCAGACACGUCAAUAAAGCUAUUUGAGGUUGCAAAAGUUAAGCAAAUGAUGCUUCCAGAGGCAAGAGAUGGACCUGUGCGACCUGUCAUACGUACAUUCUAUGACCAUUUACAACCCAUAAAUGAUUUGGAUUUCCAUCCUCAGAGCUCUAUACUUAUAUCUGGGGCAAAAGAUCACACAAUAAAGUUCUUUGAUUAUUCCAAAAUGACUGCAAAGAGGGCAUUCAGAGUUAUCCAGGAUACACACAAUGUGUGUUCAGUAUCGUUUCAUCCUUCUGGAGAGUUUCUUUUAGCUGGGACUGAUCAUCCAAUUCCUCACUUAUAUGAUAUCAAUAGCUUCCAGUGUUACCUAUCUGCAAAUGCCCCAGAAAUUGAUGUUAACGGAGCAAUAAAUCAGAUCAGGUAUUCAGCUACCGGUGGCGUGUAUGUUACAGCUUCCAAAGAUAGUGCUAUUCGCUUAUGGGAUGGUGUAACUGCCAGUUGCAUACGGUCCAUAGUUGGUGCACAUGGCACAGCAGAGGCCACCAGUGCAAAUUUUACCAAGGACGAAAGGUUUGUUCUCUCGUCUGGGAAGGAUUCUACUGUGAAGCUUUGGGAUGUAGGCACUGGAAAAUUGGUUAAACAAUAUAUAGGAGCUGCACAUACUCAAUUAAGAUGUCAGGCUGUUUUUAAUGAUACCGAGGAAUUUGUACUGUCCAUGGAUGAACCAAGCAAUGAGAUUGUUGUCUGGGAUGCUCUGACAGCAGAAGUAGUAGCAAGGUGGCCCUCCAAUCAUAAUGGUGCUUUCCGCUGGCUCGAGCACUCACCAACUGAAGCGGCAUUUGUUUCCUGUGGGACUGACAGAUCAAUUCGGUUCUGGAAGGAAAGCCUAUAAGCUUGGGAAAGCGGCGGCUUACUUAAUCGGGACUGUAGAUUAGUAUUUGAUUAGGAUUCACUUGUGUCUGUAAAACUAUAUCAAUGGAUAGAACCUGCACAUGACCCAGAAACAUAUUGAUAAAUGACACCCAACUAUAUUGAUUCCGUUUGUCUUG